AUGAGAUACCGCCUAAGAGAGCAGAAGGAAGAAGAGUUGGUAACAUCUUUGUUUGCGCCUUCUGCCUCUCCUUCGAUUAACUGCGCCUUGAGGAGAGUACAGAAGCCGGGCGUGCAGGGAGUAACGGCAACUCAUUCACAAAUUGUCAGCGGAACAUCCAGAUCCUCGAAGCCCAGUCUGCCUGCGCACAUCGUGAGGGCGAUGCAGAGCGGCUCAGCGGGAUCGGCUGUGGAAGUUGCUGACGUCCCUGUCCCGGCGGAUGGCGAGAGAUCCUCGAGCGGCUCAAGCCGAUGGAUUUGGCUUCAUCUGGCCACCAGACGAGGGUCACAAUUUUCCCCGUUGCGGUGGACGUUCAUUGUAUUAAUCCGUUGCUUUGUUCUUUUUGUGAAGCUGACAGAGCUGUUGCAGUGGUAUGCAGCCACCUUCAGAGACCCCAUGAUGCUCCAGCCCCCCACGUGGUUUAAGGCGUUUAUAUACUGCGAAGCCUUCUUACAGAUGCCCUUCUUCCCCGUUGCAGUAUACGCCUUCUCAAAAGGCGGCUGCAAAUGGAUAAGGACUCCGGCAAUUAUCUACUCCACCCACGUAGCCACAACGCUCUUUGCCAUCCUUGCGCAUAUACUGUUCCACGAUUUCUCAGAGUCUGAGCACUUGGGACCUCAGACGCAACGGGAGCGCCUCGUUCUGCUGUCGGUCUAUCUGCCGUACCUGCUGAUACCCCUUCUCAUCCUGUACACCAUGCUCUGCAACCCCCAUUAUAACCACCUGGAGAAAAGGAAAAGGAAGUAGUGUGCCGCAAGCACAACGCUGCUGCUGGCUUUGCCUCGGCCCUGUGCUGACGUAGUCCUCUGGGACAAACAUCUGCCUCCCGUUGUUGGCCGCAGCAGCGACUACCGGAGCGUCUGGCUCCUGCAGGAAAAAAUGGAACUGGUUUGAGUUCACCACUCUCCUUUCGUCAGAAGUAGCUUGGGCAGACGCCUGCGCUAGCCGUUCCACGUGGCUUCUGGGCACACGCAGGUGAAGGGACCUCGCUCCUCUCCCGCUGUCACUUUGUGCGGUAGGAAAAUAAAUGGCCAUCGGGUGUAACCGUGCAAUGGGGGUGGAAACUACGGCUGCUGCUUUUCUCUCAAGUUCCCUUUUCCAAGGUGAUUGCUAGAAAACCACCUAAGAAAUUUGUCUUCUGAGAGCAUACUCUGUAUGUGCUUUCGAAGCGGUGCAAAUGGUGUAAUUCUUAACUUCCUCGCCCCUUCCUUUGCUCUGCUUCACUUCCGAUUAAUUACAAGUGUCUGAUCAGUGAUAAAUGUGCCCAAACGUGGAUUUCUGAAUGCUUAAGGUGAACUUUGUCUGACAACGAGGCAUACUUCCUAGAGGAUUCUGAAGUACUUCGGGAAUUGUAAACGACGGUUUUUAAAUUCCUCUCUCCCACGAAAUCACUUCUAGUAUAUAAUUAAAUAACUAAAUGCAUUAAACUGCCUUUAAUCUUCUUAAGGGAAUGACUAAAAGGAACUUAAAAUGACCAUGAGAUUGUAGGUAGUUCACACAGUAAAUAUACGCUUACGUUACAGCAAAUAAAACCAACUACCAUAGAAAUUCUGGGCUGGUGGGUUUUGCUUUUGGGGUUUUUUAAGUUCUCAAGCUGAUCUGCAAGAGUCAGACUUGGAGACUUGGGUAAAAUCACAGGUCACCGAGGCGGCUUUUCCCUCACGGGUCAGGACUUCACUGGUAUAAAAUUUAAACCUCCCUCAGGCUCUGAAGAGGCCAACGUUUCUGCAGUGGUCGCCUAAAGACAGACAUAAGCCGCAUCUACUCGCGCCUCAACACGAGGCUUCGUUUUAGAUCCCAGGCACUCAGGUUUCAGCCGUCACGCUCGCAGUUACGGUGUCUGUAUGCUCCCGGUGCCACUGCACGCGGAGGCUGCGUUGCCGCAUCAGCCUGCAGUUCUACCACUAACACCGCCCACGGAAGAAUUCCGCUCUCACGUUCCUGCCUGUACGGCCCUACCGCAGGCCUCGGGGGAAGUCCUUAGUGCUGCCAUCUUUUCUGCCUUUUUGUGUGUCUGCAGGCGAUCCCUCCUGUUAAUCGUAAAUUUCUGUUUGGGUUUUUGAUUUUUUUUUUUUCCUAACUCUGUAGAAAAAAUAAUCUGGUGAAUAUAGAUAAAAGUUACUGCUGAGCGUGUGUUGUGUCUUUAGAGACGUGAAAAAUACUGCGUAUAG